AGCAGUGUCAGUGGCACUAGUGUCAGUGGUGAGCAGGAAGCCUUUCUGGUCUCCCUCCGGCGACCCAUCAUCUGGAUCAAACCAUCAGCCUUUGAUCGAGGCAUCCUUAUCUGGAUGGUGUACACUCGGGAAUUUGCCAAAUGGAACGAACAGAUGCGAAAGCUGAACACGAUGGUGAGCAUUCCGUUGGCCUUUCGAUGUUUUGCCUACUUCUUUUCUGCCUCUUUUGACACAUGA